CAGAUCAGUGAAUCGGCACUUUCGUGAAACAUUUUCAAUCAUCGUCGGCUCAGAUUUCGUGGGAAGUUCGGAACUCCAAAUAGGGACCUUAAUCAGGAUCUAGCCGUGUUGGUUGGAGCGAGCGUUCGUGAACGGUGUACCUUUGCUGUCGAGCCUUUGAACUUCAUCCUCAUCCUGGUCUGACCCUGUUGUCCUGUUGUGAGCCGCCCCUUCCGCUCGCUUCGCCAUGGAAUGCUCGUUGGCCAUGAACUUUGGCUCUUUCGCCCUGGUGGCCACGGACCAGACCAGUGCCCGCUCCAUCCUGGUCAUGAAGGAGACUUAUGACAAGACGUACGCCCUCUCCGACCAUUUGCUGUUGAGCGUGACGGGCGAGAGCGGCGACACGUCGCAAUUCGCCGAGUUCAUCGCCAAGAACAUCCAGUUGUUCAAGAUGCGCAACGGCUACCAGCUCAGUCCCAAGGCCGCCACCAACUUCACCCGACGCAAUCUGGCCGAUUAUCUGCGAUCCAGGACCCCUUUCAUGGUGAACUUGAUUAUCGCUGGCUACGACAAGGAGAAGGAAGGGUGCGAGCUCUAUUACAUGGAUUACUUGGCGGCCAAUGUCAAGGUCCCUUAUGCCGCUCAUGGCUAUGGCGGGUUCUUUACCACGGCCAUUAUGGAUCGUGAUUAUCGACCGGACAUGAACGAAACCGAAGCCUACGAAUUGAUGAAAGCUUGUGUCCGCGAGAUCCAGAAACGUCUCAUUAUUAAUCUGCCCAAUUUCCAAAUCAAGCGCGUGGACAAGGACGGCAUCCACCGACUGCCUGACAUCACCGUCAAGAACGUGGAUAAUUAAAAAAAGCUGGGGCCAAUUUUUAAGCUAUGGUGGAUAAAAAAUAAUAAAAACCAAUUUCCGUUCCCA